AUGGUCUCGCACAGCUCCAUCCACACUAUCCUCUACGCGGUCGGUAUCGUCCUCGCCAUCCUCACCUGGACUCUGUCCGCCGGCAUUGUCGCAGACUACAACGAUGCCUUCUCGUACGUCUCCGGCACCUUCAACGCGGCCAACGCGACCCUUGCGUGGGGUCUGAUCUCGAUGCUGUACUACAUCGCCGCCCUCGCCAUCCUCUUCUUUGUCUCGUCCUACAACCCGGCCGUCUGCAUCAUUGCCGACACUUGCUGCAUUGGCUUCCUCUGGAUCUUCGGCAUCGGCUCGGUCGGGUCCCUGUCGACCGUCAUCAGCUGGUUCCGCGUCGCCAGCGAUUACGGUCUCACCUUUGGCGGUGUUGGCCAGGCUGCUGUCGCCUUUGGCUGGCUCCUCGUCUUCCUUCAACUCGGCACCCUCCUCUACGAGGUCAUCUUCACCCUCGUCCACUACGGUGGCUCGCUGGACGUCUGGCGCCAGUCGUUCCACGACAUCACCACCACCGGCACCCGCGUGGUCCGUGGCGAGAAGGGUCCCCAGCCCGGCCUGAACAUGGCCACCAAUGACGUUCCCCUCCAGACUGCCCCCCAGGUUUGA